AAAUAAAAAUUACUCUCACUUUUAAUUAAUUUAUAUUUUAUAAAAUAAUGCAAUUUUAUAAAUCGUAACAACAAUACAGUCACUAACAGCAUUAGUCAUCUAGUAAAUGUGCUCUCUAAAAACGAUAUUAGAGUAUUAUCUUCGAAAGAAAUUAAAUAGUCAUUGAUGAUCGAUUUAGAGGUAUAGCACUAUAAAUCAAUAAAAUUUCACUGGAAAAUAGUAGUCAGUGAGACAUAAAAUGGAAACGCUUAGUAUAAAUAUUCAUGUUUGAGAUUAGUAAAAUAUUCAUUGAGUCUUAAUAAAAUCUUUUUACCGUUUUUCACUGAUAUUUUGGUUUAGUUUAAGAGAGUGCAAAAAGUUACAAGUGUUUACACAAUUGCACGCAGUUUACACAAGUUUAAGUUUAGACAAGUGUAUAAAAUUACAGUAUACAUGGAAUAUGUAAUGUUAUUAAACGUGUGAGAGUAAAAUUUUAACACCAUAGAAUAUAAUUAUUAGCAGACAUCACACGUCUGCAUUGAAAUGUCAACGUGCUUAAAAUCUGGUUAAUUUUAAAUAUUAAAUUGGUAUCGCGCGAGGAAGCCAGCGGUGAGGAAGCAUGCGUGCAGGAAACACUAUGCGGUGAACGAAUACAUAUCACGCAUACGCGUUAAUAUAUAAACGUCAAUAUCAUAAUUUGUGAUAUUUUUAGCGGGCCAUCGCAGUUUCGUUUUGUGUCGGAUGAUGUUAACACGCGCAAUUUUGGUGUGAGUCAAUCAACAUCGUCGAAAAUCUCUCUUGCGGAUGUUACAUUUGGAACUGAACGUUUAGAGCUUUACGUUUAGGGCUUAACGUUAAUUUACAGUUCACGUAGUUGCUGAUAAAUUACAUUAAUUAUCUUGAAAUGAAGGGGAUUAGUGCGAUUAGUUUUGCAUUUUACGUGCUCGCACUGUUUAUUAAUAAUAACGGUGUAACGGAGGGUCACAGUGUGAAAGAUUAUUUGCGGGGUUUAUUCGCACUAAAGCAAAUAACAAAUCUUCGUCAUGGAAUUCUACCAGGGACUCUUUGGUGCGGCCGAGGAAAUAUUGCCCGCGAGGAUUCCGAACUGGGCAUGUAUACAGAAAUGGAUAAGUGUUGCAGAACUCACGAUAGUUGCGAAGAUUACAUAAGACCGAAAACAACGAGAUACGGGCUGUAUAAUAAAUACAUUUGCAGAAGCUCAUUGUGCGAGUGCGAGAUGCUAUUUUACGAUUGUUUGAAGCAAAUACGCGGAAUCUACGCAUACUCCGUGAGAAAAAUAUAUUUCAGACAAUGCAAGCAAUGCUUCCGUACUUUCUAUGAUCCUCACGAGUGCAUAAAUGAGGGUCUUGAUAUAAUCGAUGAGAUGGACCGUAAGGGUCGCCGUGUUUUCUGCGCGAAGUUUGACCGAAUUCCAAAAUGGGGCCACCGACACAACAUUACCACGCCGGAAUUGAUCUCCGCCACCGAACUUUUACCCGGGGAUGAUGAUGAAUCUAUACAACUCAUUUCGCGCGUCUAUUCCGGGAACGAUGAAAUGUAUUUUAACAACGAGGACGACAAAAACGAGGACGCUUUCUAUGAAAGUUAUGCAUCAUUCGAGGACAAUAAUUAAUGCAUUUUUAUGAUAAGGUUCAUACUCGUAUUUACAACUUUGGAGAGCUGUCGUUGAGUUUCUCAACUGCUAAUUCAAAUUUAGUACAACUCUUGUUAUAAAAAUUUUGAUAACUUAAAAUAACAUUUAAUAAGGUAUUUACAUUAUAAUAAUGCUACUUCAGUUUACAAAGCAGAAAAGAAAACGUAAAAAAGGUUCUUAUUAGGUGGGUAAAUUUUUAUUCAGAAUAACAGUAUAAGAGAAAAAUAUUAGUAGUACUCACAGUAACAAGGUUAGAGUAUAAAAAUCACGACAAAUUAAAAACUUAUUAAAAUCAAUAAACAUAUGAAAAUCAAUGUUUUAUUUUAUAUUC